UACCAACUCUUUUCCAAAGAAAAAAACCAACUCUCAAUACCAGACUUGAAAAUGCCAGGCUGCGGAACCGAGGGCUGCACUUGCGCCGACUGCGGCUGCGCUCAGGGUGCUUGCAACUGCGGAAAGUGUCAGUCUCAGCCCACCUACCCAUGCCUUCACAUCUUUCCCAACCCGCCGAAUUCUAACCCUCCACCAGAAACUCCCGAUACCCUAGCGACGUAACGAGGCGGUGACGAUAAUCACGACGGCGAUGUUUGCAUUCGAUCCUUCGAUUCGACCGACCGACUGUCCUUAACACCAAUCUUGCAUACCAACUUUCUUCCAUUCCAA